GGCCGAGCGGCUCCGCUCGCCUCGGCGUGAAGUCCUCCACGGCCCGCGGCGGCUCCCCGGGGAUGGGGUCCGGCUCCUCGCGGACUCACCCGAAGGUGACCCGGGUGGCCCCCCUGCACAGCCGCGACGCUCAGGUGGAAGGGUGUAACUUGGGCACCUCAUCUGGGCCGCGGGGAGAGAUCGACCGGUUUGAAAGGCAGCUGCCGCCUCUGAGACAGCCUUGGUACGGACGCUACGCGGCAGUGCCCGGGGCCAUGUCUUUGGACACCUCACCGGAGAACAGAGGAACAAGCAUUAUUAAAAGUCAUCCACCACGGAGACUGCAGAUGCUGGAGCCCGCCGGCCCACCGCAAGCACGAGGCCGCCUGAUCCAGCGCGAGACAGCGGUAGCCCCCAAAACCAAGGAGCUGGAAAAGAGAAUGCAGAGUGUCAAACACCCACUGGGAAAGAGGCAGUAUUUACACAAGAUGCAGAUGCUUGAGAUGAACAGGAAGAGACAAGAGGCCCAGGCGGAACUGAAGAGAAACCUGCAGCGGGAGUCCAGGAUUGGGAAACAGAAAGCGAGGGAACGCAGAGGAAAGAAACCCUUCGUGAACCUUCCGGGAAACAGGGGCUGGGAAGACCUCGCCACUCCGGAGCCUCCCGGGACCCUCUCCGCAGACUGGGGAAGCCCCUGGGAUGGAGAAUUGGGGGCAUGUCAGCCCGGCGGUAAAGCAGAACGCUGGCUGACGCAGCGGGCCGACCGUGAGCUCCCGUGGGACGCUUCCAGCUCCGACUCCGAUGGGGAGGCAGAGGAAAGGAAGAAGCCCCGCGCCCUGGUGAGGACCAAGACGGAGAGGAUUCCGCUUUGGGAUGAGUUCUUCGAUCAAGAGUGAGCGGCUCGGGGCACGGCAGGAGAGCGGGCGGAAGGGCUCCACUCCCUGCGGCCCCCACUUCCACCGCCAUAGGACACCCUCCAAAGAACCCCAGGCUAAGCGCUGGGGUGGGUAUGAGACAAUCAGAUCAGACACAACCCCACCUGGGACUCUCGAUAACCUGAGCAGGAUUCCUAUCCCUGUUUUACAGAUAAGUAGAAGCCCAGAGAGGUUAAGUGAUCGGCCCGAUUCGCACAGCAGGUCCACGGCAAAGCCGGGAUUAAUUGUAAAUGUGGAAUUUGUUAAGCGCUUGCUCUGUGCCAGGCACUGUUCCGAGCACCGGGGUGGAUACAGGCAAACCGUGUUGGACGCAAUUCGUGUCCCGCAUGAGGUCACGUGUUAACCACCAUUUUGUAGUUGAGGUAACAGGCACAGAGAAGUGAAGUGACUUGUCCGAGGUCACACAGCGGACGAGUGGUGGAGGCUGGAUUAGAACCCAGGUCCUUCUGACCCCAAGGCCCGGGCCCUCAACCCGUUCCUAUCCCCGCUGACUUCACCUCUGGAGUCCGAAAGAGGCAAGGAAAACAGUGACUUGGCCCUGGAUGCUACGGACAGGAGAGGGUUCUUAAAGACGGGCCCCGUUUCCCCCGCUGCUGCCCGUCCCGUGACUCUCCACGCCUGGAUGGCCCCCGCACUGGGGAAAGGCUUCUCUGAAAGUUGAGAGACAACUUCAGGGGAGCAACUGCCUCCGCUAAUCAAGAAAGUAUCAUGAAGCGCUGACUGUGGAGGAAGGUGCCUGGCUGGCUGAGGGAUGGGGCUUCCGACUGAGGGGAUUCCCACCCCUGCAUGUAGGAAUCCUGGGCUAAAACAAGAAGAAUCAAACCGAGGAAACAUCUUAUACGCUGACAUAUACGUUGCCCAUUCCGUAGCGUGGCGACUCAUGCCACUGUGUACUUUCCCACUCAUUUACUACAUCCACCGAGUGCUCCAUAAAUACCAUUCUUACCACUAAACCAUCUGAAAAACCCAGCAGGGACCACUGCUCUUCACCACAUUCACCACCAACGAAUAAACAGCUUUUAACAUGUUUGUUCAGUGGCUUGUCCUUGUAGACGCCUCAGGGGGAAUUUCAGUCUUUUCUGUAUUAGCUGGAGUGCCCUUACUGCUUGGCCUAUUUCCAGCCCUUUGCUCCUUCUACUCACUCUUGUAGGAUUAAGAUUAAGCUAAAAUUAGGGUGAGGGUGGGCCUCAAUUUCCCUUUAGCCUCUUGACAGUCUGCCCCUUCUUUUGUACUUCCACUAGCCUGGGAAAAUGCCUUUGCUUCUGAAUCAGGAGCCUCCUUUCUUUCCAACACCAUCUCAAAACCCCACAUUUUCCAGUUCUGAGGACUGGAAUUUUGAGGAUUUAUUUAGGUUGGAAGACAGACAACUCUUCUAAGCCUUCAAUAUUUCCUGCUGGACAAUUACGUUUCUAUGCCAAACCCUCACCACAGCCGAUUCAUCUUCAAAGCCCUAACCUCCCAGUAGUAACCAGUUAAUCCCGCCCGUCCUGUCUGCCAAACCAGCAAGGCUACUGCCCCGAUUACAGACAAGAAACACCAACAGCUGUUCAUGGAGUCACCACAAUUGCAUAGCUUAACUGGCAGCCCGCUUCAAGGAAAAGCCAGCACUCUCAUCCACUCUAAACAUCUUAAUGGAAUCGUAAAAACUAAACUGAACACUCUGAUCUGACCACUCUAGUGAAGGUUUUUA